CAUGGAUUAAUCUCAGGUGUCGAGCUUGAAGCCUGGGGUUGCGGCCGUCCAUUGUUUGAAAUGCCCGAAAAGUGGCAUUGAGAGAGCUGGACGAACAUCAGAGAAGAGCUGGACGAACGCCCCGACAAGAUGGCGAUCAAAGCAGCCCUGUAUGCGUCGCGCAUUAUCACUGGCCUCGGCAUCGGCGCCUUCACGGUGACGGGGCCCAUGUCCAUUGUCGAGAUUGCCCCGACCGAGAUUCGAGGCCUCCUGGCUGCAUGGUUCGGCGUUGCUAUGAUUCUGGCGCUGGUCUGCUCCACCUUCUGCGUCUACGGUGUCUAUCUCCACCUCGCUGCCGACAAGCUGUAG